CUUAUCGCACCGAUAAUGAUAUUGAAAUGGACACCCUGGCACACACCGAUCAAAGUGAUGCAUCUUUGUACCUACGAUCAGAAGAGACACAUUUCCAGAUAACGCCUGUAAGACCCGAACUUCCCUUACCGAUAGAUCAACAAGUAAGGGCAGAACUCUCUCAACAAUGUCCGACAAAUCAUUUGGACGCAUUGGUAAACUCCGAACAGGCUGGAAGAAUAAAAUCCUGGAAUGAGAAACGCAAAGACAUUUGCAAAUGCAGAUUACCCAAUCAGUGUAAAUGCAGUAAAAUUCACAUUUCCAGAAGAUAUUCAUAUAGACAAAUCUGAUAAAUAUAUCCUAGAAGUUUGCAACAAACAUAUGUCAUGAACCAAUCCCAUUGUUCGAAAGUCUAGGUC